AUGGCCUCAGCAGGUCUCCAGAUCUUGGGCAUGGUGCUCUCGGUGGUGGGAUGGCUGGGCUCCAUCAUCACCUGUGCCCUGCCCAUGUGGAAGGUGAUGGCCUUCAUUGGCAACAACAUUGUGGUGGCGCAGAACAUCUGGGAGGGGCUGUGGAUGAAUUGCCUUGUGCAGAGCACAGGCCAGAUGCAGUGCAAGGUUUAUGACUCCAUGCUGGUGCUGCCCCAGGACCUGCAGGCUGCCCAUGCCAUGAUGGUCAUCUUGGUGCUGGUGUUGCUGGUGAGCGUUGUGGGCACCAAGUGCAUGAACUGCAUGGAGGACGAAGGCUCCAAGGCGUGAAUCAUGAUGAUCUCUGGAGCCAUCUUUCUGGUCUCCAGCAUCCUCUGCCUCAUCCCAAUAUGCUGGUUGGCCAACACGAUCAUCCAGAACUUCUACAACCCGCCAGUGUCCGAAGCUCAGAAGAGGAAGCUGGGGGCCUCGCUCUACAUCGGCUGGGCUGCCGUGGCCCUGCUGGUUCUGGGGGGCGGCCUCCUCUACUGCACCUAUCCCGAGAAGAGCACCAACUACAGCGCCUGUUACACUGCCGCCGUCUCCGAGUCCCGCAGUGACUAUCCCAGCAAAAACUAUGUCUGA